CCUUAACAAAAUCAUAAUAAAGGUCGCCUUAACAAGUAACAACCAACUUAUUGCGUAGUUUUAAACCCAAACCAACCAUUUCUCUCUGUCAGUCUCACUCACAGUCUGUUCUCAACUCCACUCCAUUGCAAUUGCAACACAGAUAGAUACUCAUAUACUCCCAUGUCCGAUCUCAGCUCACAACACAAUCCCUAACCCUAAAAAUCCCAAAAUUUUUGCCCCCAAAACGAAACAAAAAUCAGCAAAUUCAAUUUCAAAUGUGUUCCUCCUCGUCUACCUUUCUCUUCGUCCCCACUCACAACAAUCCUUCCUCACUCUUACUACUACGACGUCGUAUUCCCCCAAUUCUCUGCAAUUCCAGACACACAAUCCCAAUCCCUAACCCUAGACCGCGACUCCAUUUCCAUGCCUCGCUUGCUCAGAAUGACCUCGAGCUGUCUUGGUCCUCUCCGGACCAGAAUUCCACCACCGACUACGGCGGUUGGGCUUUCAUUGAACCUCCGAUCCCCUACAAGAAGAAGAGCAAGACAGGGUUGCCUACAUUUGUGAUUGGGGGAAUUGGGGCCUCAUUGGCUAUUCUAGUGGCUGCCAUUGCUCACUUCUCACUAUCAAGAAGAGGUCUCAAGUUUCAAUUUGGUAGUCCAUUGCAUGCUUUGCAUGGGAUAUUAACUCCAACUGGUACCAAAGAUGAUCAAAACGAAACUACGGGCAUUGCUGCAUCUGAUGAGAGCGAUGUGGUGUCUGGUGCCAGCCCAGAUGGUAUAAUUAAUGGUGCUGCUAAGACUGUUACUUCAGCAUCUAUGGACAAGCUUGAACGUAUUAUAAUUCCAGCUGCUGUGGAUUCUACUCAACAGGAAGCUUUAUCAAUAUUGAAGAAACUGAAGAUCAUUGAAGAUGAUGUCAAGGCAGAUGAAUUGUGCACUAGAAGGGAAUAUGCAAGAUGGCUGGUUCAAGUAAAUUCGUCGUUGGAAAGGAAUCUGAAGCACAGGAUCUUUCCAGCAAUUUCACUUUCGAGCUCUAUGGAUGCUGCGUUUGAUGAUAUAAGUGUUGAAGACGCAGAUUUUGAGUCAAUUCAAUGCCUAGCAGAGGCUGGUGUCAUUCCCAGUAAGCUAUCAAAUAAGAACUCGAGUGAUAAUAAUUCAGAUAACCAAGGGCACAUUUAUUUUUUCCCUGAGAGCAGGUUUCUCUCUCGUCAAGAUUUGAUUCACUGGAAAGCCCGGUUAGAGUAUGAAUUCAUGCCAGGAAUAAUAGAACAGAUAUCAGCAAAAGAAUUGGGUUUUCUGGAUUGGAGGGAGAUCAGUUCAGAUGCAUUGGCAGAACUUUUUGUAGACAUGUCGGCUGGGGACAAGAGCAUAGUGAGAAAAGUAUUUGGACAGAGCAAGCGGCUUCAACCAAACAAACCUUCAACAAAAGCACAAGCUGCAGUGGCACUAACAAGUGGAAGGAUGGCAGAAGCAAUUUAUAUUGAAUUAGCAAGACUAGAAGUUGAGAAUUCUGCUAGGCAAGCAGCGAUGGAAGAAAUUAGGUCUGAGUUACUUGGCAGAGGAGAUAUACAGAGGUAUUGGGAUGAGAAGCUGAUUGAACAGAAAACUUUUGGUUUUGAGGUGGAGAAGGUUUAUUUCUCCGCGCUUAGUGAUUUGGAACAGGAGAAGAUUGUUCAAGAGAAGGUUUUUGCUGAGCAUUUGAAGGAGAAGGCAGCCAUGGACUGUCAGAAGCAACUUGCUCUGAGUCUAAAGAAAGAGGUUGAUGAGAUGUCAGAAAAGCUUGUGUAUGAGAGGACUUUGUAUGUCACUGAACAGUGUAAUUUACAGGAUAUGCGCAGUGAAUUACAGAACAAGCGGGAAGGACUGCUUGAUACAAAAUCUAUACUUGAAGCUGAGAAGGAAGCUCUCCGGAUUCUUAGAUCUUGGGUAGAGGAUGAGGCGAGGAAAAGUCAAUCUCGUGCCAAGGUUCUUGAGGAGGUUGGUCGAAGGUGGAAAUGGGUCAACCAAGCUUGAUAUUCAUAGUCCGCUAAGUGUAGAGAUUUGCAGUUGCUUGUAAAAAUAAUAGAAAAGGGCUCUUUGUGGAAUCCCUUAUUGUUUUUUUUUUUUUUUGUGUAUUAAGACUUUUUGUAAAAUUUUGGUGCGAUUGGUAUGGAGGAUUUUUUAUUUCUUUCAUUGUUUGCAGCAUACCAGCCAUCAUUUAUGUCCUUCCUCCAAGGGCAGUCAAGAUUUAAAAGAAGUUGUUAUUAUUUAUGUUGAUUUUCUGCUAAA